GGAGGAGGCGGGCAAGAUGGAGUCGCGCUGCGAGUACCUCAUGUACUUCCCGAGCGGCCCGGUGCCGGAUUACCGGCGCUACCGGAACCUGCCCCGCCGCAGCCACCUGUACGCGGGCGAGACGGUGCCGCUGGUGCUGGUGGUUCGUUGCCGGGCGGCGCGGGCGGAUGUAGAGGCCGAGGCCUUGGUGCCGGAGCGAAGCCUCGGCCUCGGGUGGCGCCGCCUCGCCGCCUCCCUGUCCGCGCUGGCCAGCGUGUGUCCCGGCGCCGCGCCGCUGCCUGAGGCCGGGACUGGGCCCGUGGACGGAGCCGACACCGACACCGACACCGAGCAGCGCGGCUUCAGGGACUGUCCGCCGCUCCUCACACACAGCGCCCGCCGCUGCCUGGACACUGGCUGUAGCACACAGACGGCGGUGGAGGAGCCCAUCAUCUGCAAUGACGAGGUGAUUUUCCCGCUCUCUGUCGCUCUGGACAAGCUGCCGGUUGGGACCAUCAAAGCCAAGAUCAUCGUGACGGUGUGGAAGAAAGAUCAGGAGAAGGCGGAAGUCCGGGAGCGAGGCUACCUCACCAUCCUACAGAACCAGAACCCCUCACAAAUCUUCAAGGAGGAUCAAAGCACUUUCAAAGCUCAAGUGAGCACAUUACUGACCGUGCUACCGCCUCCUACUGUCCAGUGUCGGCAGCUCAACGUGUCGGGGAAGCAGCUCACCGUCAUUAAAGUGUUGAACACAUCAUCCCAGGAGGAGAUCUCCGUACUGGACGUGCGCAUCUUGCCAAACUUCAACGCCAGUUACCUGCCCAUGAUGCCUGACGGCUCCAUGCUACUGGUGGACAACGUGUGUCACCAGUCGGGGGAGGUGACGGUGGCAUCGUUCCACCGGGUGGGGGCCGGUAGCCGCGGUGAGCUGCCCGUGGGGCUCCGGGCCCUGGAGGAGCAGGCCUUUCUCUUCCAGCUUCAGCUCAACCAGCGACCCCCGCAGCACAGCAAGGAGGGUCUGGAGGUUCCUCUGACGGCCAUUGUCCACUGGUCCCCACACAACCCGCAACAGGUGAACAGGAUCUACACCCACUACAGAUUGCCGAGUAUCCAGCUGUUGCGGCCGCGGUUGGUGAUGACAGCAUCGUGCGAGUCGCCGGUGUCGGUCUACAAACGCUUCACCGUCAAGUACACUCUGCUCAACGACCUGCAGGACUUCCUGGCCGUCAGGCUGGUCUGGACCCCUGAGAGCACACAGGCAGGGCAGCACCAGGGGGAGGGGCAGCAGGGGGUAGAGACCGCCCUGGGGUCAGUGAUCUGCCACACCCCCCUCAACCACCUGGGUCAGUGUCGCAAGGGGACGGCCCUCACCUACAGCGUGGCCUUCCAGGGGCUGCGGGCCGGUCUGUUCGAGCUGAGCCAGCACAUGAAGCUGAAGCUGCAGUUCACGGCCAGGGUGGGGGGGGGAGGGGGGGAGGUACGGCCGGUGUCGAGGAAGAGCAGCCCAGGCAGCCCGGCCGUACGGGAGCUGAUGGAGCGACAACAGGGGGGGGGUCUGGGACGUUCCCAGUCCUUCUCCCACCAGCAGCCGUCCAGAGCAGCCCACCUCAUGAGGACGGGCAGUGUGAUGGAGCGUCGAGCUGUCACCCCUCCCGUCAGUUCACCACUGGGCCGCCCCCUGUAUUUACCGGCGGAGAGAUCGGCGCUGUCCGUGGACAAGAUCGCCAAACGCGAAUGUAAGGUGUUGGUGCUGGAGCCGGGGUUCUAGGGCCCCUCCCCCUCCCCCCCACGCUGGGGCCAAUUCCCCCUUCCCACGGGACCCCUGGGGGUCCAUCGCUUCCCUCCUGUAGGGACCCCUCCCCUCAUAAUGACCCGGCACCUGGGGGGGAG